CAUCUCGGUGGGGCCACGCUGACCAUGCUCAGGAGCUUCUGUCUCCAGCUCAUGUCCUUGCUUUGGAUCCUCUUGGCCCAUCACCAGCUUGCCCAAGGUGAUGACUGCAGCGAGCGCUGUAAUCUUGCCCACGGCUCCUGUGACCAGGAUGGGAAGUGCAGGUGCGAUCCAGGCUGGGAGGGCGAGUACUGUGAGGACUGUGUGCGUAUGCCUGGGUGUCUCCAUGGGACGUGCCACCAGCCUUGGCAGUGCAUCUGUCACACUGGCUGGGCCGGCAAGUUCUGUGACAAAGACAUACACAUCUGCGACCACCAGUCCCCAUGCCAGAAUGGAGCUCAGUGCAUCUACGAUCGAGAUGGGGAAUAUUCCUGCCUGUGUCCAGAAGGCUUCCAUGGGAAGGACUGUGAGAUGAAGACGGGGCCAUGUGAGAAGGCAGGGUCUCCAUGCAAGAAUGGGGGGCAAUGUCAAGACGAUAAUGGCUUUGCCAGCAACUUCACCUGCCGGUGCCUCGCUGGCUUCAUGGGGGCUCUCUGUGAGAAUGACGUGGAUGACUGCCUGAUGCGUCCCUGUGCCAACGGUGCCACCUGCCCUGAUGGGAUCAACCGCUUCUCCUGCCAGUGCCAGGUGGGCUUUGAAGGGCGUUUCUGCACCAUCAACAUCAAUGACUGUGCCAGCCAGCCGUGCAAAAAUGGAGCAAAGUGCUACGACCGCAUCAAUGACUAUGACUGCUUGUGUCCUGACCGUUUCACUGGAAAAAACUGCGAGAUCUCCGUCCCCGAGCCCACCUGGGCUCCCCACUACCACCCUGUGAACCACGAGAACAAUGGGGGCGUGAAAAGCACCACCAGUGAGAUGCUGGGGGUGACGCAGCCAGAGCCUGUCAGAACUGCAGUCACAGGGCGGCGCAUGGCCAACCACAGCGAGAAAGAGCCGGGGGGAGGUUUGUUGAAAAUCUCUGUGAAGGAGGUGGUGACCCAAAGGGACUCGGGGCUGACCGAAGCCCAGCUGGUGACAGUGCUUGUGUUUGGGGUGCUAACGGCAGUGCUGGUCCUCAUCACCGUCCUGCUAAUGCUGAGGAACUGGCAGAGGGGCCGUCAGAGGUCGAACUGGUGCCAAAGCCCUUCUCAGGCUGCAAGGAAGCUCCAAGACCAGGAGUGUCAGGUGGGCAUGCUCAACACCAUCCUGAUCGAGCCCAGGAAGACAACAGAGCUGUGA